GUCCUGUCGCAAAUAAACAUACCAAGCCAAAACCAUACGCAAUAAAACUAUAAAAAGCAGAGUUUCACCUUGAAACAACAACUCUCUCUCCGGUCUCUCCUUCUCUUUCUGCCUGUUAUUCUCUGCGAAACCCUAAUUUUUGCUUCUGUUUUUGGUGGGUUUUCAUUAUCUUGGAAGGUAAUGGAGUUUGUGAAUUCGAAUUCCCACGCUGAAGUAGACAUGAGGCCCUCUUUGUGCACCAAGCCCGAGAAGAUCAUCAUAGAUACUGAUCCUGGCAUAGACGAUAGUAUGGCCAUCUUCAUGGCAUUUCAAUCACCCGAGCUGGAAGUUAUAGGUUUGACAGCAAUAUUCGGUAACGUUACCACGGAGGACGCUACUCGCAAUGCAUUACUUCUGUGUGAGAUCGCAGGACGGACUGAUGUUCCUGUUGCAGAGGGUAGCCCUGAACCUCUAAAGGGAGGGAAGCCACGUGUUUGUGACUUUGCUCAUGGUUCUGAUGGAAUGGGAAAUAUAUAUCUACCACCCCCAAAAGAAAACAAAAUUGGAAAAAGUGCUUCUGAAUUUUUGGUUGAUAAGGUUUCUGAAUAUCCUGGUGAGGUAUCCAUACUUGCACUAGGACCACUGACAAAUCUUGCUUUGGCAAUAAAGAGGGAUUCGUCCUUUGCAAGCAAGGUGAAGAAAGUGGUGAUACUUGGUGGAGCUUUCUUUGCAUUGGGAAAUGUCAAUCCUGCUGCCGAAGCAAAUAUCUAUGGUGACCCAGAAGCAGCUGAUAUUGUGUUUACAUCUGGGGCAAAUAUUGUUGUUGUUGGCAUAAAUAUUACAACCCAAGUGAAGCUAACAGAUGCAGACCUCUCCCAGUUGAGGGAUUCAAGAGGAAGAUAUGCUAAAUUAUUAAGCAAUAUGUGCAAAUUUUACAGAGAUUGGCACGUGAAAUCUGAUGGUCUCCAUGGUAUUUUCCUUCAUGAUCCUGCAAGUUUUGUGGCACUGAUCAAGCCUGAUCUCUUUACUUACAAGAAAGGGGUUGUCAGGGUUGAGACACAAGGCAUCUGUCUAGGACAUACGCUAAUGGAUCAGGGACUGAAAAGAUGGAAUGCAAGCAACCCAUGGACAGGCUACUCCCCUGUUUUGAUUGCAUGGACUGUUAAUGUGGAUGAAGUUGUUAUGCAUGUAAAAGAACUGUUGAUGAAACCAUGAAGUCUUAGAAGCAGUGAUAUUCAAGCCCGAAAACUGUAAAAAGAGAAGGCUGGGUCCACUACCAUUUGCCAAUUCGUCCCAUUUGUCAUUUCUUUUCUUGCCUUCGGUUGGUCUCUCAUGUGAAUGGCUGCUAAUUUAUUCAUCAAUGUCGCUUAGUUUAUGAUUCA